AAAAGUGGGUGUGAACCCCACUGAAAAAUAUUAGUGUAAAUUUUUACAUACUCCGUAUUUUAACUCCGUGAAGGGAGUCCUUUUUUUUGGCCUUUUGGGACGGUGUCAAAAGAGUUAAUUGACUUAUCGGGGAGCUAUGAAUUGUGGAGGUACCCCCAAUGGGAUUUGAGAGCUGGCUAUUUAGCUGCAAGCUUGUACUGGGAUUUCUGAGAUCGUCGUCUUCACCCGAUCGCCAUCCAAUACAGGAAUGGGGAGUUUUGAAGAGAAAGUUGUUGCUGUGAUCAUGGUAGGAGGGCCAACCAAAGGUACCCGGUUUAGGCCACUGUCACUGAAUAUCCCAAAGCCUCUUUUCCCCCUUGCUGGACAGCCAAUGGUUCAUCAUCCCAUUUCUGCUUGUAAAAGGAUUCCAAACAUAGCACAGAUCUAUCUUAUUGGAUUCUACGAGGAGCGAGAAUUCGCCAUAUAUGUGUCUUCAAUCUCAAACGAACUGAGAGUUCCCGUCAGAUACUUGAAAGAGGAUAAACCACAUGGUUCAGGUGGGGGACUAUACAAUUUCCGAGAUAUGAUCAUGGAAGACAGCCCGUCGCAUAUCUUUUUACUGAACUGUGAUGUUUGCUGCAGUUUCCCACUGCCUGAGAUGCUUGAGGCUCACAGAAAAUAUGGGGGCAUGGGCACUAUCCUUGUUCGCAAGGUAUCUCCUGAGUCAGCGAGUGAGUUUGGGGAACUCGUUUCUGACCCGGUUACCAAUGAACUACUUCACUAUGCUGAGAAACCUGAAACUUUUGUGAGCGAACGCAUAAAUUGUGGUGUUUAUGUAUUUACUCCAGAUAUUUUUACUGCCAUUCAAGGUGUAUCACAUCAACGGAAAGAAAGAGCCAACUUGCAGCGUAUGUCUAGCUUUGAAGCUUUUCAGCUCCCAAAUAGGGUUUUUCCGGCAGAUUUUGUGCGGUUGGAUCAAGAUAUCUUAUCACCACUUGCCGGGAAGAAGCAACUAUAUACCUAUGAAACCAUGGACUUCUGGGAACAAAUCAAAACUCCCGGGAUGUCUUUGAAGUGUUCAAGUUUGUACCUUUCUCAAUUUAGAUGCACACUUCCUCAUCUUUUGGCAAGUGGGGAUGGCACAAAGAACGCGUUAAUAGUCGGCGAUGUGUACAUUCAUCCUUCUGCAAAAGUCCACCCGUCUGCAAAGAUUGGUCCAAAUGUUUCAUUAUCUGCCAAUGUUCGUAUCGGAGCUGGUGCGAGGCUCAUUGAUUGCAUUGUUCUUGAUGAUGUGGAAAUCAAGGAAAAUGCGGUUGUCAUUCAUGCAAUUAUUGGUUGGAAAUCAUCUGUUGGGAGAUGGUCUCGAGUCCAGGGUGUUGGAGAUUUUGACGCAAAGCUUGGAGUCACAAUCCUCGGUGAAUCGGUGUCCGUGGAAGAUGAAGUUGUGGUGAUCAACAGCAUUGUGCUUCCAAACAAGACCUUAAAUGUUAGUGUUCAGGAAGAGAUCAUACUGUGAUGUGAUGUCCAGAGGAAGAAGAAAAAAAGAGUUCACCCAAACAGAUCCAUCUGUUAUUUACCAGCAGGCACAGCUGUUCUUGUACUUGUGUGAGUAUUAUUAUUAUUAUUAUUAUUAUUAUUAUUAUUAUUAUUAUUAUUAUUAUUAUUGUUUCCUUUUUUUUUGUAAAAAAUAAAAUAAAUUACUAUAAAAAUAAAACUCUGAGAGGAUGUUGUAAAUUUCUGAGUUAGAUUCUUUUUUUUGUGUUUUCAUUGUAUAUGGUGGUUGGUGAAGAAAGGAGAAUUUUGUGUUUUGUAUUUUUUCUGUAAUUCUGUACCUGAAAAAUUAUGUAUACUAUAAUAGAAAUGGGGAAAAAGUUAAUCAAAUAUUGGGUUUGCA